AUGGGUGCAAAGAGGAUUGGAUUCAUUGGCAUUCCACCAAUUGGAUGUUGUCCCUCGCAAAGCAAACUUGGAUCAAGAGAAUAUGAGCCCAUGAGAAAUCAAGCGGUGGAACUAUUCAAUUCUGAAAUAGCAACGGAAAUUCAUCGGUUAAAUGCUGAAAAAACUAUUCAAGGCUCCAAGUUUAUUUAUCUUGACAUAUACUACAAUCUGCUUGAGCUCAUUCAGCAUCCUGGUUUUUAUGGAUUCAAGGAGGCAACCGAAGGAUAUUGUGGCAGCACCCUGCUAAAUGCAGCAAUAUUUGUUAAAAAUCAACAUGCAUGUCCAAAUGGUUAUGAUUAUAUUUUCUGGGACAGCUUUCAUCCUACUGAAAAGGCCUACAACAUUGUGGUUGAUAAACUUUUUGAGACAACGGUGCAGUAUUUGAUGUGA